AUGUUGAGGCAGGUGAUGCGGGAAGGUUUUGCUGCUCCAAAUGAGAGGUUCGAUCGAUUGCUAGCAUUGGGGGAGAAGAAGGAAUCCAACAUUCAACUCGUCAAUUGCGCCAACGGGGUAGGAGGCGGCAACCAACUCAAGGACAAAAUCAACGACCCCCAUCUCAAGGAAGACGUCGAUGCUAGCAUCGAAAGUCAAAAGCUGCUUGUGCCAAUGGUUCUUCAUUGA